AUGCACCAGCUCGCCUGGGCGUGGUGGGCGCAAUGCCGACGAGAUGAGGCAAUCGAAAUGACAACCAAGUGCAUUGAAUUGCGCAAAGAGACACUGAAGCCGGACGACCCGGACCUACUCGCCUCAAUGUCCCUCCUUAAAACCAUAGAGGCUGGUGAUAUGGAGGCGGACCUCGACGACACCCCAUCAAUAUCAGAUAAAACAGAGAGCAAUGACAAUCCAAUUCGUGCUCCCGAACGGCGCUAG